GGGCGGGACUUCCUCUCCGGGACCCUGUCAUUUCCGACGUCUUCCGGAAGUUGCUCGUGCGCUCAGUACCGGGCUGUUCACUCCGCGUUGCCCGGCUUCCUGCUGGUCCACCGUAGGCAACUCCGGGGCACCGGCACCGCGCCACCCCCCGAAGAGCACGUCGGGGAUCCCGACGCCCUCUUGUCUCUGGCGCGUCGCCCGCCUUGUUUCCCCGCCGAGCUUUCCUGCUGCGCACGGGGCCGAGUGCCACCCAUGGCGGGGGCCGCUCGGACGCCGGCCUUUGGACAGGCUGUGAUCGGCCCGCCGGGCUCGGGAAAGACCACAUACUGCCUGGGCAUGAGCGAGUUCCUGCGCGCGAUGGGUCGGCGCGUGGCGGUAGUGAACUUGGACCCGGCCAACGAGGGGCUGCCGUACGAGUGCGCCGUGGACGUGAGCGAGCUGGUGGGUUUGAGCGACGUGAUGGACGCCCUGCGGCUGGGGCCCAACGGCGGCCUGCUGUACUGCAUGGAGUACCUGGAGGCCAAUCUGGACUGGCUGCGUGCCAAGCUUGACCCCCUCCGCGGCCAUUACUUCCUCUUCGACUGCCCAGGCCAAGUGGAGCUCUGCACGCACCAUGGCUCCUUGCGCAGCAUCUUCUCCCAGAUGGCCCAGUGGGACCUCAGGCUGACUGCUGUCCACCUGGUAGAUUCUCACUACUGCACAGACCCCGCCAAGUUCAUUUCAGUACUGUGUACCUCCCUGGCCACCAUGCUGCACGUAGAGCUGCCCCACGUCAACCUCCUCUCCAAGAUGGACCUCAUUGAGCACUAUGGGAAGCUAGCCUUCAACCUGGACUACUACACAGAGGUCCUGGACCUCUCCUACUUGCUUGACCACCUGGCUUCUGACCCUUUCUUCCGCCACUAUCGUCAGCUCAAUGAGAAAUUGGUGCAGCUCAUUGAAGACUACAGCCUGGUCUCCUUCAUUCCUCUCAACAUCCAGGACAAGGAGAGUGUCCAGCGAGUCCUGCAGGCUGUGGAUAAAGCCAAUGGCUACUGCUUCGGGGUCCAAGAGCAGCGAAGCCUGGAGGCCAUGAUGUCUGCUGCAAUGGGAGCUGACUUCCAUUUCUCCUCCACCCUGGGAAUCCAGGAGAAGUACCUGGCACCCUCAGACCAGUCAGUGGAACAAGAAGCCAUGGAUCUGUAACAACAGGCUGGGCUCUGGAGAACAAGACAUAACCCAGCACUGGAGAAAGCUGUAACCCCAGCUCAGCAGGCUGUAGACCCAAGAACAGUCCUCCCAGCCAGAGCUGGAAGGCUGAUGAAGAGACACCCAGCCCUGCAAAGGACUUCUGGCCAAAAGUCAGACGUGCUGCAAGCAGAGCACCCACCACACCCUCGGUGCUCAUGAGCUCUGGGCACUGCCACCAGGAAUUCAGCACUGGCCCCUCUCAAACUAUUGUGGAAUGUGAAUACAAGAGUUUAUUUUCUCCUACAUGUUGUGACUUUCAAACUUACUUCAACCUUCCAGGGAGCUGGGGUAGAAUGAGUGAAUGUCACCUUCCCUCAGAAGAGUUCUAUUUCUUCAUCUAAGGCAGUUUUUCCCCAAAGAACAGGAUAAUACCGGAGGUUUAACACUUAUUCUCCAAUGAUGCACUUAGGUUAAUCUCCAGUUUUAACUGAUUCUGAUGCUUGAGGUUUACAGGGCAUACUUCUUAGCUAGAUCUCAAUGUUUCAUCUUCAUUAUUCAUUUUGCAUUUUUAUUCUAUUUUUGGCAAGUGCUAGCUAGUUUCCAUUUAUAGUAGUGAUUAAAAGUUUACUUUAAAAUGAAAUUAUUUAUACAAAAUGCAUUGUUUAAAGAAAAAUAUUAAGUAUAUAAUAUGGCAUGAGGGGCAUGGCAAAAAUUAAGGUGGUUUAAAGUUGGAAAUACUGGUGAUUGCUUUCUUUGCUCUUCUUGUAACUGGUUGGGUGCAGUUUAUAUUGGAAACCAAUAGGUGGCACCCCAGGUCUAGUUUUGCAGUUGUAGCUUGCAGCACAAGAGGGACAGAUGGCUGUUGUACCGGAAAUCUUAUUUGCAGAUACUUGGUCCUGUUAACACACCAUGAAGGGCUUGACAUUUUACAAAGUGCCUUCAUACACAUGGUCCUCAUGUGGUUCACACAGCAACUUCUAGAGAUACAAACAAGAUUGGGACUAUUACUAAGCCCCACUUUACAUAAAGGAAACAGAUGAGUUUGAACUUCAGUCAGCCUAGCUCUCUCAUAGUACACUUUGCUGACUUCUUAAUUGCGGAUACUAAUGGUGAAACAUUAUGGCCUGUAUCCCACAGGAUUUGAGGCCAGUUGGAAGAAAGAAUUUAGACACCUGUAGAGUAUUACUGAGUCGCAAAUCAAGGGGAAGAUAGGUCACUGGUGGUUUGGGCGGUUUAGGAAAAUCUAUUCAGAAGUAGCCUUGAGAUGGCAAUGACAGCUCUGCUUUCCAGCUUUGACAGCCAGAGCAGAGUGAAGGGCUCUGAGGAGGCUCCUGUGGCUGGAACAAUAUGAAAGGAGCCAACCUCCGCUCCCACGCCUAGCCUUAUAGGGGAUAAUGAUUGGGUGCUGCUUCCCCAGACUCUUUCAUCUGCAGAGUUCAAAGCACCUCAUUCCUAUUAAUACCCUGCACAGUAGGCAGAGAGUAUCAACAAAGCAAGCCAGGGAAACUGAGGCCAGGAGUCACAGCCUGCGGCUGGCUGUGAGUCACCUAUGGGGCCUAGAGCCCAGGAAUCCUGAUGCCCUGGCCACUGGACAAAUCCCUCAUCAGAGAGUGAGGAUGGAUGCUGUGUUUUUUAAAAUAGUACCAAUAGCUGUGGUCUUGGGUUGUUUUUCUUUUUUCUAAAAUAUAUUUUAUUGAUUUUUUACAGAGAGGAAGGGAGAGGGAUAGAGAGUUAGAAACAUUGAUGAGAGAGAAACAUCGAUCAGCUGCCUCCUGCACACCCCCCACUGGGGAUGUGCUCGCAACCAAGGUACAUGCCCUUGACCGGAAUCGAACCUGGGACCCUUGAGUCUGCAGGCUGAUGCUCUAUCCACUGAGCCAAACCGGUUAGGGCUGUUUUUCUUUUUUAAUAUAUUUUUAUUGAUUUCAGAGAGGAAGGAAGAGAGAGAAACAUCAAUGAAUCAUUGAUCGGCUGCCUCCCACACAUCCCGACUGGGGAUCGAGUGUGCAACCUGGGCAUGUGCCCCUGACCAGAAUCGAACCCAGGACCUUUCAGUCCACAGGUCAACACUCUAUCCAUUGCGCCAAACCAGCCAGGGCUGGUCAUGGGUUUUGAUGCUUACUCCAUCAUGGAGGCCACAGCUAUCACCAAAACAAACCAGUUGGAGAGAGGUGUCAUUAGAACUUUAUGGGCUCGUAUCCAAGCACCCUGAGCAUUUUAUUCUCUGCAGUCAUGGAGUAGACAUGGAUGGAAUAAUCCAAAACUUUAUUUUCAGGCAUUGGUAUGACAGCAAGGGUGUUUUCUCUGAUGUUGCUCUCUCCACCUCCCACUGAUAGCAGAAUGAUUUUCAUGUUGGGGAGGGAUAGCACAGUGCCAAAAGGACUGUGGGCUCCAGGUGAGGUCUGUUCGUCAUGAAAUGUAUACGGUAAGAGGAAAACUGUCCUCCAGUAUGGCUGGGAUAGGGCAACUGUCCUUAAGAUUUCUUUUUUUUAAUUUCCUGAUAAAAAUAGCAAAGUGAAAAACUUGGAAAAUAAAAUUAGGCUCAUAAUCCCAUAACAGAAAUAAAAAUAUACUCUAUAAUAAAUUUUAUAUUGAAAUGUAUAUUUUAUUUUAUUUUUCUAUACAUACAGAGGGAUAGUUAUAGCAUUUAUGUAAGAUAUAUUAUUGCUUUGUAACCUGCCUUUUUUAGUUGACACUAUUUAAUAUAAUUAAAAAUAUGAAGACCUUUUAAUGUUUACAUGAUAA